AAUCGUUGCAUAUAAAUACCUACAUCCAGUGUUUGUGGCGGCACAAGACUAAAGACCUAGUUCAUCCAUGGCCUGCACAAUCGAUUUCCGCCGCCUAGACGAAGGCUUCGGCGGCAAAACCUACAAGCGCAAGAGAAACCCCGAACCCACCGCCAACGAAGAUGCGUUAGUCUUUGGCCCUGUCGGUGCUGCAAUGGAAAUCGACGACACGUGUUUACCUCCGUCAAAGCGGUCGGCGGUACCCUCGUCAGACAAUCCCGACAAGCCGAGCUUCGGGAAGCCGAGCUACGACGGUGUGAUCGCCGGGAGAGUCUCCGGCAGGAAGUGGAAGCAGCCGAGGAAGCAGAGGGCGUCGGCGACGCAGGUUAGCCAUAAGGGGACGACUUUCGAGGAGAGAGCGAAGGAGAAGGAGAUAAAGCGGGCGUACAGAGAGAGAAUGGCCGAGCUGAAGGGCGAGAUCAAGAAGAACAAGGAGGAGAAGAGGAAGAAGAAGGAGGAGAGGGAUAAGAAGAAGCAGGAGAACAUCUUGAGAUCCGGGACGAAGCUGCAGGUGAUUUCGAAUCCGAAGACGCUGAAGAAGAUUGCCAAGAGCAAGGACCGGAAGCUGCUCAAGGUUGUUCCUGAUGAUUUGAUCAACAAGAACAAGAAGAAGAAGAACAGCACCGACGACUAGAAGAGUCAGUUUUUAAUUUCUUUUCGCUUUUUAUGUUUAGGAUUGGAUUCAAUUUUGAUCCUUUUUUGUUUGUUGUUGGAGGCAAUGAGUUGUUGUGCUAUGUGUCGAGAAAUAUAUGGUAAUUCAGAGUUGCUAUGCUUCAAAUAUAGUUUCUUUUGUCUGUGAAA